GAGGCGGCGGCGGCGCGGGGAUCGAGGGGAGGGGGAAGCGGGAGCGGGAGCGGGGGUAGCGGGGGAGGAGGAGCAGGGGGAGGGGGAGGGGCGGGGUCGUCGGGGAGCAGCGGGGCGCGGCGGCGGUUCGACGACAAGGGGCUGGUGGCGAGGACGUCGCUGAUCCUGUGGCACACGCACCAGAACGACGCCGGGGCCGUGCGGAAGCUGCUGGAGGAGGACGCCGCGCUCGUCAACGCCCGCGACUACGACAGCCGCACGCCGCUCCACGUCGCCGCGCUCCACGGAUGGCACGACGUCGCCGAGUGCCUCAUCGCCAACGGCGCCGACGUCAACGCACAGGAUCGGUGGCAGAACACGCCACUUGCUGAUGCGGAGGGUGCAAAGAGGAAUGCUAUGAUCGAGCUGCUCAAGGAACAUGGUGGAUUGACAUAUGGGAAAACCGGAAGUCAUUUUGAACCAAAGACAAUUCCACCACCCCUAACAAACAAGGCUGACUGGGAGAUUAACCCUCUUGAAUUGGAUUUCACAAAAGCUGUUAUCAUUGGAAAGGGCUCUUUUGGUGAAAUUCUGAAAGCCAAUUGGCGAGGAACGCCUAUUGCUGUCAAGCGCAUUCUUCCAUCUCUAUCUGAUGAUAGGCUGGUGAUACAAGAUUUCAAGCAUGAAGUCAACUUGCUAAUAAAGCUGAGACAUCCAAAUAUUGUUCAGUUCCUUGGAGCAGUUACAGAAACCAAGCCUUUAAUGCUCGUUACCGAGUUUUUACGAGGAGGUGAUCUUCAUCAAUACCUGAAGGAGAAAGGCGCACUUGCCCCAGCUACUGCUGUUAAUUUUGCAUUAGAUAUCGCAAGGGGCAUGGCCUAUCUUCACAAUGAACCAAACGUAAUAAUUCAUCGGGACUUAAAACCAAGAAACAUUCUUCUAGUAAAUUCUGCUGCCAACCACUUGAAAGUUGGAGAUUUUGGUCUUAGCAAGAUUAUCAAAGCCCAGCAUGCCAAUGAUGUGUACAAGAUGACUGGGGAGACUGGAAGCUACCGGUACAUGGCUCCAGAAGUAUUCAAACACCGGAAAUAUGACAAAAAAGUUGAUAUCUUUUCUUUUGCCAUGAUACUUUAUGAGAUGCUUGAAGGAGAUCCACCUUUCUCCAACUAUGAACCUUAUGAAGCUGCAAAGUAUGUCGCAGAGGGGCAUCGCCCGCCUUUUCGUUCGAAGGGAUUUACUAACGAAUUCAAGGAGUUAAUUGACGUGUGCUGGGCUGGGGAUAUCCACUCGAGACCAUCUUUCCUGGAGAUCCUCAAGAGGCUCGAGAAGAUCAAAGAACAUUUCGCGGCGCAUGAUCACCACUGGCAUUUGUUCUCCCAGUAGCUUCAUCACUCUGAAUUCAUCGCGAUUCAUUGCUACUGCGUGUGGUGCCACGAGUGAGGAAUUUAUGGGAGACCUGACAUUUAUCGGUGUACAAAAUUUAGAUGGCCCAAGGAAGGGUCAAAAUCGAUACUGUUCUGCUAAAGCAGAUAUCUUGUUUUUCUUGAACCAUCCCUUUUGUUAUUAGGUUUCCUGCUCUCUUUUUUAAAAUGUUUUUUGAGAAUCAGUACAGUGGCUACAGGAAGUAAAUGUUGCCAUGUAAUCUUUUAAAAGCACUUCUUGUUACGGGGACAAAAGGUUAGUUCUCUGCGAACUUUGUAAACAGAUUGUAUUUUUGUUGAUGCUUUGAUCGUACACUCAUUUAAGUAACAGAUUAGAAUGAAGUUCCCUGUGAACUUUAA